UUGUGAUAUUUGUCGAAAGCUUGGAGACGGUGUGUCACUUGACCCACUGAAUACUCAACAAACUUUCGCCUCCAAACAAAACACGGCUCCGAUUCUGAGGCAUUAUUAUGAUUAUUAUUAUUAUUUCCCGAUGUCGAACCACAACCACCUUCUUUACCCGAAAUCCAGGUCGGUUCCGGUUCCGGUUCCGGUUAGAAUAAUUUUUGAGCGCCGUACGUCGAUCGGCAAAUGGGCUGCAAAUAUAAGAUUGGUUUGGGAUUGAUUUGUACGGCGGUUCUUAUAUGGGUCGCUUCCGCCGAGAUUACUCAGAGAAUCUUCAGUGAAUAUAAACAUCCAUUUGCUCUCUCAUAUUUAGGGGUAUCUCUCAUGGUGAUAUAUUUACCAGUGGCAGUUCUCAAAGAUUUGGUGUGCAGUUUAUUAAACCCUCAUAGUUUACUUGAUAAUAAUUAUGAUUCUAUUAUAAGCACUUCAAUUGGAAUUGAUGGCCCAUUGAGAUUUAAUGAAAUACAUUACAAUUUGGAUGAAAGCAUGGGACAUUGCCUUAUAAUUAAUGAUAAAGAUUUGAGUACUACUGAAAGGGAAGAGGGACAACCUUUGAUUCCUAAUUUUGAAUCAUCACAUCAUAAAGUUAGUACAUGGGAAAUUAUUAAAUGCAGCCUUUAUCUUACUCCCUUGUGGUUCACUACGGAGUACUUCUCAAACUCGGCCCUAGCAAAUACGAGUGUUGCGACGGCAACGAUCUUGAAUUCGACAUCAGGCCUUUUCGCCCUUCUGUUUGGAGCUCUUGUUGGACAAGAAUCCAUAACCAUUUCCAAAGUGGUUGCUGUUUUCAUUAGUAUGGCUGGGGUCAUCAUGACAACCUUGGGAAAAACUUGGGCAACCAAUGAGUUCCUAAUCAUUUCUGAGUCAAGAGGUCUAAGCAUCACAGGAGACAUUUUCGGUCUUCUUUCGGCCGCAAUCUAUGGAUUAUUUACUGUGCUGCUAAAAAAAUCAGCUGGAUCAGAAGGAGACAAGAUUGAUGUACAAAAGUUUUUUGGAUAUGUUGGUCUCUUUACCGUAUUGGGUCUCUGGUGGCUUGUUUGGCCUUUAACUGCUAUGGGCAUUGAACCUCCUCUCAAGUUUCCUCCCUCGACAUCCUUAACCGAAAUCGUGCUUUUGAAUGGCUUCGUCGGGAGCGUUCUGUCGGAUUACUUUUGGGCCCUCUCUGUGAUUUGGACUUCUCCAUUAGUUGCCACACUUGGCAUGUCAUUGACAAUUCCCCUAGCUAUGCUGGCUGACGUUAUAUUACACGGUCGUCGCUACUCUGCUCUCUACAUCCUCGGUUGCAUUCAGGUGUUUGCUGGAUUUUUAAUAGUGAACUUUUCAGACAAGGUCUCUACUUAGGGGAGAACCAACUCAAAAUCCUCGGAAGAAGAAGGUGGAUGUGUUAAAUGUAACUUUACAAAUGUAAAUAUUGAACAUCUUAUGAAUAUAGGUAUAGAAAUGUUAAAUAUUUGAGAGUUAGAAUAUAAUUAUGUGUUGGAUAUGUAUAUUUGAGAGUUUAA